AUGUCGAUGUCUAUAGCUUCGCAUUCUUCCUCUCCUCCUCCUAAAGCUCCAUAUACUGAUCAUGAUGAUGAAGAAAAGAUAAAUGCAGCCCUUAAUAGAUACAAAGAGAAGAUUGCAACGCUUCCAAAGGAGAAAGGUUGGGUGACAAAAGAUCUAUACAUGUACCAAGGCUUUUGGCAUCAACCGGGUCGUGUAAACUCGAUUGAAGCUUUGAUGGCCAUACAAGACACGUUCAAAGCUCAUCCAACCGAUAUCUACUUGGCCACAAUGCCAAAAUCUGGUACAACAUGGCUCAAGGCACUCGUAUUUGCUUUGGUAAAGAGACAUCACUAUAAAAAUAACACUAAGUCAACUCACCCUCUACUUGUCUCCAACCCCCAUGUUUGUUUGCCUGGCAUUACAAUAGAAAUUUUUAGGAACACUCCUUUUUAUGCAGAGGGAGAUUCACCACGACUUUUUGCUACCCAUAUACCCUACCCUUUAUUAUCUCAAUCCAUUCUUGAUUCGGGUUGUCGUUUAGUUUACUUAUGCAGAAACCCUAAAGAUGUUUUGGUCUCUUUGUUUCAUUUUGCAAAUAAGUUGAGGGAUAAAUCUCUUGGUCUAAUGACAUUUGAAGAGGCAUAUCAGUUGUUUAGUAAAGGUGUCAUGCCGAAUGGACCGUAUUGGGACCAUGUGAAAGGGUACCGUAAGGCUAGUUUAGAACACCCGGAAAAUGUUUUCUUCUUAACGUAUGAGGAGAUGUCAGUGGACAUCGUAGAUGUUGUGAAGCGACUUGCGAACUUCUUGGGCUACCCUUUCACAGAGAAGGAAGAGGCUGAAGGCACGGUGAAUGAAAUUGUUAAACUUUGUGGUUUCAAGAAUUUAAGUGAAGUUAAUAAGCAUGGACUUAAUAACGUGUUCUUUAGGGAAGGUAAAGUUGGAGAUUGGAAGAACUAUCUAACAGAUGAAAUGAGUCGUAAUUUAGAUGAAAUCACCGAGGAAAAGUUUAAGGGUUUGGAUAUAUCAUUCCCGAUCUAA